UAAUAAAAUAAGUGGUGUAUUGAUAAAAUUAUUCUUAUUUUAAUUUGGUAAAGUAAAUGUAUGUGUAUUAAAGUUUUUUAUUUAAUUAUUUUAAAUUAAUUGAUUAUUUCUUUAUAGAAAUUAGUAAUAUAAUGGUCAUUACAUAGCUUUAUAGAUAUAAAGAGUAUUAUACUAUCCAUUGUAAAAAAGAUUACAAUGAGUAAUAAUAUGUACACAUAAAUUUAACACAAACUUAUGUGAUAAGUUAUUUAAAUAAUUGAGACUUAUCUCAAACAAAAAUAAUUUAGUUAAAAUUACCUAUAACAUAAGUGUGUAUAAAUUUGUGUGUUCACGUAUAAUUACUUAAAAAUCAAUACAGGUUUUAAACUUUUAAGUGGGUAAUAAAAAUGCUCUAUUUGAAAAUAACUCAACACACUCACACCUCUUCAUUCAAAAUCUCCAAUCACUCUGCAUACCAGUUAAGUCUAAUUUCGUGUGAGGCCACCAUUAGCUUCUUCUUCUUUAAUAGUUUUUUUUUUUUUUUUGGCAAGACUUUAAUGGUUUUAUGUGUGUAUAUAUUAAUGGGGUUUUCAUUAGAAUUGGCAACAUAGGUCACUUGGGUUGAAGCUUUUUUCCAAUCCCAUUGUCUGUAAGUAUUUCGAUUUUCAGAAAGAAAAAACUAAUGGGGUCGAAGCGUGAGAAAGAAGAAGAUGAAAAAGGUAUACCUUGUGAUUUUCUUAUGGAGAUUCUUUCAAGACUAGAUGCUAAAUCUCUUAAGUUAUGCGAGUGUGUCUCUAAAUCUUGGCUCUCUCUGCUACGGGCUCCUUAUUUUAUCGAUCUUCACUUCCACCAUCAUCCACCUCUACCUCGCCUAGUUUUCCUCCAUGACAAGACUAAAAGGUUCGUUCACUCUUUAUCCAUUUGUGAUUCUGAAACUUUUGCUGAGAUUUCUUCACACAAAUUUCCCUUUAUUGAAAAGGGUACAACAAAGCUAACACUUAUGGGCAGUGAUAAUGGUGUUUUAGGCUUUUCUCAAGGUGAUAGGAUUUAUUUAUGGAAUCCCACCAUUAACGAGUUUAAACAACUGCCCCCUUCUACUCCUUGUGUGUGUGAUUAUACUGUAGUUGGACUCGGCUAUGAUCACUUGACCACUGAUUUCAAAGUGGUCCAGUUCACAUCUAUAGAUGAGGAUGGUAAUGAAGCUGGCUUUAGUAGCGUGUUUAAAGAGGGUAACCCUGUUUGGAUUUAUAGUUUGAGAAGCAAUUCAUGGAAAAAAAUGGCAAUGCCUAACUUAUUGUCAGAUUUUGAAAUACCUACUUCUGAUCUAACUAUUACUCGUGUUGUGGGUUGCUCUGUUGUUGUUAUGGCCUGCAUUAAUUGGAUAGUGUGUUUUGGAAAUAGAACUGAUCAUCUCCAAUCAUCUUUAGGGAUAUUUUCUUUCGAUUUAAGUACGGAGAAAAUUAAGCUUAUAAAGCAUCCUCAAAUCGAAGAAGGGUAUCAUUUUAGGAAGCUAACUAAGUUUUCUGGGUGUCUUUGUUUUUUCACUUCUGGUUUAUACCAAGAAUCAGUUCACAUUUGGGUUAUGAAAAAAUAUGGUGACUCGGAUUCUUGGUUCAAAUAUCGGUCAAUUAAUUUAUGCAGUCUUCUUCCAUAUUCUAGCUGCAUUCCAAAAGAUUUUUUGAACAAUAAGAAUCUUUUAAUUUCUUGCACUGACUCUAAUUAUUGGUAUUCUUAUGAUACAAAGAAUAAGAGGCUAGAAAAUAUGGGUAAAAGAAUUGGUGUGUUGGAGUCUACUACAUAUGUUGGAAGUACUUUUAAGUUAAAUGGUUAAUAAUGUCUUUAAAAUGUAGAUACUGCUUUACUUGAGAGUUUGUGUAAAUAUAUGUUUGGAAACUUGAGAGUUGUUUCAUGCUGCUUUACUUGUGAUGUUGGCUGCAAAUUCUUCAGUAAAGCUACAAAUCUAUAUGACUAUUGACUGGUUUAUAAUUGAUGCUGAUGCAUCUUUGGACACGAGCCUAACUCUUUGGUUAAGUUCUUAAUGCAGUUAGCACCUUGGGUACUUAAAAUGGUGAUCCCUCAAAAGUGUAGUUCUUGUUGUUUAAGACUGGUGAAUGAGUUUGUGUUUAUUAGUUUUCCUGGUUUGUGAGGAUGUUGUUUUUUGUGUUUCGAAACUCCUUGUAUGUUGUUGGUUAUGUUUGUUUCCUGAGAUUUUAGUUGUACAAUUAUAUUUAUAUAUCUAAACUCUUUCCUUAUCCCUAGAAAA